AUAUUUGGCGCGUUUAUCUCGCAUCACCGCGCUGACGUCAUCAUUAGUUUCCUUCCUCGUUCAGCGCGUUUGUUGUGUCUUCUGAGGCCCGAUGGAGGAAAAUGAGGAGAUUGGAGAGGAGAAACAUCAUGUCAAAACUGAAGAAAAAACUCCAUCACAGACUGAAAGCCUGAUGGAGGAAAAUGAGGAGAGUGAAGAGGAGAAACAUCAUGUCAAUACUGAAGAAAAAACUCCCUCACAGACUGAAAGUAUUUCUUCACUAAAAAGAAACAAAUAUUUCAUCUGCCAUCAGUGUGGAAAGAGUUUCACACAACAAGGACGCCUUAAGAAUCACAUGAACAUCCACACUGGUGAGACACUGCAUGAAUGUGAUCAAUGUGGUAAAACAUUUUUGUGGGCUUCAGCCCUAAAGAGCCACCUGAAAGUUCAUUCACAGGAGAAACCACAUUCAUGUUCUUUGUGUGGAAAGAGUUUAAAAUACAAACAGAGUCUUGAGCUUCACAUGAGGAUCCACACUGGAGAAAAACCGUUCACAUGUGAUCAGUGUGGGAAGAGUUUUAGACAAUCAUCAAACCUUCAGGAACACAUGAACAUCCACACUGGAGAAAAGCUGCAUGAAUGUGAUCAAUGUGGGAGAAUAUUUUCGAGGGCUUCAGGCCUGAAGAGCCACAUGUUAGUUCAUUCACAGGAGAAACCACAUUCAUGUUCUUUGUGUGGAAAGAGUUUUUCACAUCUGCACAAUUUAAAACUUCACCAGAAAACACAUACUGGUGAAAAAGCUCAUAAGUGCUUUGAGUGUGGGAAGAGUUUUAUUACAACUGAACGUUUAAAACUACACUGGAGGACUCACACUGGAGAGAAACCUUACAAGUGUUCACACUGUGACAAGAGAUUUCGUCGGUCAGGACAUGUGAAAACACACGAGAGGAUCCACACUGGAGAGAAACCGUAUCACUGCACUCCUUGUGGGAAGAGUUUCACUCAAUUAUCUUCUCUACGCAGUCAUAUAAAAUACAAUCACAGCAAGUCGCUCUUCGUGUGUCUGAUAACUAAAACACUUAAAGAAGAAGAAAUGUAUUUCUCACAUACAAAACGACUUGAACAAACGACACGAUCAGCUAUUGUGCCAUCUACUAGAAAUAGCCUAGGCACGAUGGAGGAAAAUGAGGAGAUUGGAGAGGAGAAACAUCAUGUCAAAACUGAAGAAAAAACUCCCUCACAGACUGAAAGUAUUUCUUUGAAAACAAUAGACAAGAAAUAUUUCAUCUGCCAUCAGUGUCUGAGUUGUUUCACACGACAAGAAGACCUUCAGGAACACAUGAUCAUCCACACUGGUGAGAAAGUGCAUGAAUGUGAUCAAUGUUGGAAAACAUUUGUAUGUGCUUCAUCCCUAAAGAGCCACCUCAGAGUUCAUUCACAGGAGAAACCACAUUUAUGUUCUUUGUGUGGGAAGAGUUUUAAAUACAAACAAAGUCUCGUGAUUCACACAAGGGUCCACACUGGAGAGAAACCGUUUACAUGUGAUCAGUGUGGGAAGAGUUUUAGACAAUCAUCAAACCUUCAGGAACACAUGAACAUCCACACUGGAGAGAAACCAUACGAAUGUGAUCAAUGUGGCAAAACAUUUGUGAGUGCUUCAUCCCUAAAGAGCCACCUCAGAGUUCAUUCACAGGAGAAACCACAUUUAUGUUCUUUGUGUAGAAAGAGUUUUACAUGCAAACAAAGUCUUAAGGUUCACACGAGGAUCCACACUGGAGAGAAACGGUUCACAUGUGAUCAGUGUGGAAAGAGUUUUACACAAUCAUCAAACCUUCAGAAUCACAUGAACAUCCACACUGGAGAAAAGAAAUAUGAAUGUGAUCAAUGUGGCAAAAUAUUUUCGAGGUCCACAGGCCUAUCGACCCACAUGUUAGUUCAUUCACAGGAGAAACCACAUUCAUGUUCUUUGUGUGGAAAGAGUUUUUCACGUCUGCAGAGUUUAAAAUUUCAUCAGAAAAUACAUACUGGUGUAAGAGAUCAUAAGUGCUUUGAGUGUGGGAAGAGUUUUAUUACCGGUAUACGUUUGAAACAACACUGGAGGACUCACACUGGAGAGAAACCUUACAAGUGUUCACACUGUGACAAGAGAUUUCGUCGGUCAGAACAUGUGAAAACACACGAGAGGAUCCACACUGGAGAGAAACCGUAUCACUGCAAUCCUUGUGGGAAGAGUUUCACUCAAUUAUCUUCUCUACGCAGUCAUAUAAAAUACAAUCACAGCAAGUAGAUCAUCUUCAGAUCCAGCACUUUCAGGUCUAAUGCUGUGUCCUCACCAAACGUGACACAAUAAUACCAUCAAGCAAUAAAAUCUCUUCCAAAUCUGUCCUAACCAGCCAACGAGCGACAGGACAAAGAAACAUCUAAAUUUGUCACAGUGAAUAAAAUUA